GUCGCCGUCGCCGUCGCCGUCGCCGUAGCCGCCGCCGCACCGCGAAAGUGAGAGGAAGAUGUCGAGCUCGCAGCGUAUGCGAAAGUCCUCGCCAUGCUCGAAGCAGGGCCCGAUGCGCGCCACCCUGCCCGUGAGCUCGCUGAUGAGGCAGGGCCGGCAGAGCAGCAGCCUCCGCAAGAGCAACAGCAACAGCCCCACCGUCUCGCCGACGAACGCGGUCUGGCGGGCGCGCAUCUCGCCGGAGACGUCGUCUUCCUCGGGACAGCGGAGCCCCGGAUCCCUGUCCUACAAAGCCAAAUCAAAAACAUUGAGCGGCCGCUGUAGCGAUAGCUUAAGUGGAAGCCAGAGCAUUCGACGGACAGCAUCUCUAGACACCAUCUAUUUGAAAGGACAAUGGCCACGUGACUCCUAUUAUAUGCAUUCCAGUCUUUUGGUAGACAAAUCUACUCAGACGGAAGAAUGUCCCAAUGAGCCAAGAAAGAUGCAUACACGUCAUCCUACGGAACAAACUGUCACCGAUGAGAAAUUGGAGAAAAAUUACUUCAGGCAUCGAUUACAACGUACAAAUAAGGAAGGUACUAGCAGUAGAGAACGGACAGCGGCAUUCGGACUAAUAAUGCCAGGUGGCCCACCACCCGCACUUCCCGGAGAUCACUCAGUACUUUUGCCCAGUAUUGCUUCACAGACAUCCAUGCACAAUCAAUUUAGCUUGAGUACAAAAGCAAGUCCCAUGAAUAUCCCAGUGAAACCAAUAAGGCCUCCAAUGCGUUCGUCUAUCGAAGGACUCAAUCAAGAAAUUGAAGGACUCGUGCUCAAAAAUACAGCCAACAACAGCGAUGCAGACCAUCCAGUAGAAGACAAGUAUGCACGAUAUCGCGAGCAAAUUACACCCGAAGGACAUCGCGCCCCUCUAGCAGACUUAUUGCGGGCCACUCGGAGUGUUAACACACAAACACCGGCUACCGACCUUCCCUCCAGUUCUUAUUCUUCAGGCCCUCCAUCUAGGAAUUCUGACUCUCCGCUGAUUCCUGGUGUUAUGGAUGCGUCCCGUCCGCCUAGCGAUCUCUUACAAGGUGGAAGCCGUGGUUCAACACCUGAACAAGAUAGAGAAGGACGUCUCGGCACUUCUCCUCACAUUAACAGGUUCCUCGCGAGGGAACCGCCCGAUGGCUGUGAGAAAGUCAACCUCAAAUUUGUGGAAGAUGCGAGGCGGCCCAUGAUAGAUUUGAGCAAACUAGACUAUUGCCCAAAGCCGUGCGUUCCAGCAUUCCAGUUGAAACCCAGCUUGGGAUCAGCGUUCCUGCCAUUGCAACAGCCGGCCAGUCCGACAAUGGUCGCCAGUGCAUCACCCUCCGCGCAUACAACACCGACCACACCUCCUCCAAAUCCAUAGUCCCACUCUUUACCUUGCGGUGUUACACUUAUAAGCUCGAUUAGUAUAUAUACAUAUAUAUAUUUUUUUUUAACGAUCUUGUGGGUAGAAAGUGAUUUACUUCGAGAUAAAGGCAUAUAACGAAAAAGAAAAGUUACCGAACAAAAGAAAAAGAGCAGCCUGUUCCCAGUGCGUCUCGUGCGGACAUUGUGCGGGCAUCGUGAAUUGUGUAAUUAAAAAGAAGUUGCAAUUGCACCGAUAAAAAAAAAAGAAGUAUUGGAAGACAUUUGAGCUCCGUUAUAAUGAU